CUUUUCUUGGUGCGCGGAUGAUCUUCGUUGCGCCCUGCGUUUAAAAGGGAGAAUGGGGAAUAGUACUCCUUCGAUCCAAUUGGAAGCACAAGUAUUACAAUGCCUAGUCUGACGAUCCCACAAACUCCAAGAUACGUCCCUGCCCCGCCUACCAAGGAGAACCUCCAAUAUGCAGAUCUUGCCGUCAUCGACCUAUCUAAAGCAGCGACCGCAGAAGGCCGUGCGGAACUGGCAGUUGAACUACGAGACGCUUUGAUUACUCAUGGGUUUUUCUAUAUUAUCAACCACGGGUACACCCAAGCUCAGACGGAGGGGAUGUUCGAUAUUGCAGAUAUUCCCAUGUCCCAAGUACCUGAAGACGAGAAACGGGCAUAUGCUGGAGACAGCUUGAAGACUGGCAUAUUCCAAGGCUACAAACCGAGACAAUACUGGCACAUCGAUGCAGGUGUGCGUGACCAACAAGAGCACUAUAACUGCAACCGCCACGUCCAUAGCUUGUUGCACCCACAAGCACUCAGACCAUUCCUUCCCGAUAUCGAUGCCUUCGUGCGCCAUAAUCACCACAACAUUAUCCACGAAAUUUGCAGGCUCAUGGCGUUGAGCCUUGAACUUCCUGAAGACACGUUCGUUAAAUUGCACGACUUUGAUGCACCCGGAGGAUCAUAUUUGAGGUUUAUGAAAUACUUCCCUAGGUCAGAAGAAGAUGAAGUCCAGACAAAAAAUGUCUGGAUGAAAGGACACACAGACAUAGGAAGUAUCACUCUGCUUUGGAGUCAGCCUGUUGCUGCCUUGCAGAUCCAAACGAAACAAGGCUGGCGCUGGGUCAAGCAUAUUGAUAACGCUUUGCUCGUCAAUGUUGGUGACUCUAUGGAGUUCCUCACGGGAGGCUUCUACAAGGGAACGAUCCAUCGAGUUGUGCAACCUCCGAUCGAUCAACGUGGCUACACGCGACUAAGCAUGAUAUAUUUCUCCUUCCUGAACGACGAUGUCAAGCUGGUACCCAUAACGGGCAGUCCAGUCCUUGAGAGGGUUGGGGUUGAGCGCAGAUGUGAAGACGAUGUAGCUCCUACCAUGAAGGACUGGAGAGUUGCAAGAAUAAGUGCAUAUGGAGCGGGCGGUCUGCAGAAGGGCAAAGAGCCUGGCAUAGAGGAAGAGGUUUUGAAUGGCAUUGUUGUCAAGCAUUACAACUAGUUAUAUUUGGAAAUUGGACAUCCUGCGCCCUUC